UAUGGCUAUACAUAAAUCUAGAAAUCAUAUGGCUAUAAAUCUAAAUCUAUAUACAAUCCCAAAAUUUAUUACCUUAAUCCCCCUCCCUCCUUCAAAUCCUCUCCUCUCAUUUUCGCUUGAUUCCCCCUCCCCCCUCCCCCUUCCUCCAAUCCUCACUUUCUUAAGAGUCAGUUGCUUCAUUUAUUUUCUAUUUCCAAUCUCAAUCGGUCAGACCACAAAAACCUUUUUAUCAUCUUUGUUUUAUGACAACAACAAAAUAUUUAUUCACUCAAAUAAAUUCUCUUUUUUCCACUUUAUAACACUUUAAUA